AUGCCUCUCAGGGAUAUUCUUAAGAAGAAGGAUAAGGUCGAGCAGCAGCGCCAUGCGCCGCCACCUGCUCCAGCUCCAGAUCUCGAACCUCCGACCUUCACUUUUAUGCGCUCGGAUACGCAUACGCAAGAAAUAAUCAGCCCACCGACCUUCUCGUCGCAAGACUCCUCCUCUCCACCAUCUUUCAUUGAUGGACCAGCGGAAUCCAGGACUAGCAGACUCUUCAAGGGCCGCUCGCGAAGCGCUUCCGUGAACUCGCAGGCUUCAGCCUCGUCCUCGAAAUCGAAGAAUGCGAACCCCAAGCGCCUGUCACAAAGACUGCAUCUGAGAAAGAGCGAACCAAGUUCCGAGAGUGUGCCGAGUGAUCUGCCUGAGAUUCAUUUGCCAGAAGGAGAAGAUGGCGAAGCGCGCGAGUCGUUGUGGGAGAAGCGGGCAACGAUGUUGGCUAGGAAGAAUGAACAGUCAAGGAGUAGACCUACAACGCCAGUGGGAGGUUCUACGACAGAUCUAGGCUCAUUCCAAGACUUGAAUAUAAGUGGAGGGUCUAGGGAAAAGGCUGUGGUGUCAACGAAACAAGCAGAUGAUAAUAUACAGGAGGCCAUAAGGCUUCAUGAAGCCAGCGAGUUGGAGACUUCUACGAAGAUGUUUGGGCGGCUAGCAGAUCCGAAUGGGGAGAACAAUGCUUUGAGUCAGGUCAUGUACGGGCUUGCUUUGCGGCACGGUUGGGGUUGCACUCCAGACCCAGCAGAGGCUGUCAAAUAUCUCUCGGCAGCUGCAUCGAAUGCAGCAUCCAUUGAGGACCAAGCGCUACAAGCCGGCAUGAAAAAGGGCGGCGCGGCCAAAGGGGAGCUCGUGCUUGCCAUUUUCGAGCUGGCGAAUUGCUUCCGUCACGGAUGGGGAGUGCAGGUUGACAAAUUCGCAGCUAAACAGUAUUACGAAACAGCUGCAAACUUGGGAGACACUGAUGCAAUGAAUGAAGUCGCAUGGUGUUACGUCGAAGGCUUCGGCUGCAAGAAAGACAAGUUCGCAGCAGCAAAGUACUACAGGCUCGCGGAAGCCGGAGGCAGCAAGACGUUAGGCAAUACCUGGAUCUGGAAGGAGAAAUACAACCCAGACUAUACGGGGAAGAAGUGA